GGAAAAAGGGAACGGAAUUGAAAAUGGUGGAACCUACCGGAAAUAUUGCCAGUAUCGCGAGUGCUGUUCUCCCUGUGGGCAAGUGGGUAACUUAUCCGGUUGGGUGUCAAAUUAAGUACGCAAUCAACUAUAAGAGCAACUUGGAGAAACUGGAAACAGAAGUUUGGAAGCUGAAGGAUGCAAGAGAAGAAUUGAAGGGGAAUGUGGAUGCUGCUAAAAAAAAUAUGGAAAAGAUCAAACACAGUGUUAAGGUAUCGCAGGAGAAGGCGAAUUCAAUCAUUGAUGAAGCUGAGAAUUUGAUUGAACAAAAAAACAACAGCUCUUCCAAUCCUGACUUCAUCAUGCGCUACAAGCAUAGUAAGAAAGCAUUCAAAUUAACGGAGGAUAAGAUUGCUCAACUCUUGCAGGACAAAAGAGAGUCCACUUUGAAGUAGAUAGUGAACUUGUUGAAUGAUAAUAAUCUUUACAUGUUAAGGAUUAAUGGGAUGCUUGGCGUCGGCAAGACAACGCUAGCUAAGGCAGGCAGCUGGUCGGCAAGUGAAGGAAAAGAAGUUGUUU